AUGUCUCAAACAACAGUAAAGAAUCGUUGCCCUCACAGAGUUUGGUAUCGAUUGUAUGAAUCCGAUGAUGUAAACUUUACAGGAAAAGACAUUGCAUCAGGUGAACAGCAAACUGUGGAGGGUGAAUUUAAAUCAGUGAAGGGAUUCAAGUGGGAGAGAGGAGAGGAUGAAGUUUGGGAACCAACUUUUAAAAGUCUAUUAGAACCACAAGAUGCUUGGAAUUAUCACGUUGAUUUGACUUCAUUGUUUGGAUGUAGACCUGCUAGCUCAAUCAAAGUGUUCAUGGCAUGUUUGGCUGGUCCAGCAGAUCCAAUGACAAGGAAUGACAUUAUUCUCAUCGAUAAAUUACAUAAAGAGAUUGGUGUACCAAGGGAGAAUAUUUGGAUGUUUUUGGAGAGACAAUGUACACCAAAUGCAAUUUAUGAAUCAUUGAAGGUGGCUGCCGAAAUUUGUAAUGAUGAAAAUGAUAUCCUAUUUGUUUAUUUGGGAGGACAUGGAAGCAGAAAACAAAGUGAAGUUUAUCAAGAAAGUGGAAACAAGUUUGAAUAUAAUUUGGGAACUUGGGGAGGAUCUACUCCUAGCUCACUUGUUUUGAAAGCAAUUCAAAAUGUAAAGUGUCCUGUUUUUAUGGUAGUGGACUCGUGUUAUAGUGGCCAAAUGAUUGAUGAUGCAAAGAGUUAUUUCCUUCAUGCACCUCUUGCUCAUGAGUUGUAUGUUUUAACUUCAACUCAGAAUGACAAGUCAGCUCAAACUGGCUGGAGACUAAUUCAAAUGUUGAUUGAUAUCAUGAUUGAAAGAUCAAAGAGUAUUACAAUUACUCCUACUCUGAUAGGAAAGACAAUUUCAGAAAAUUUGAGAACCCCCUAUGAAGAACAACGAUCUCAAUUCCAAAUUAUUGAAUAA